CUGUUGGUGUGGGGCUUGGCGGUAAGCAUGGCGGAGCUGGAGCAGCCAAGGGAGAAACGCUGGAAGGGGUCGCAGGAUGAAAUGACCAUAUCUGACAGGAGGAAAGCGAAAGAAGCCAGGAAACAGGAGAUAAAACGACUAAAAGAACUUAAAUUUUUGAAGAAACUUGAGGAACAAAAGGCAAAGGAAGAGGAAGCACAGAAAGAUCUAGAGGAAACAAAAGAGCGAGGUCGCCUGUACACUGUUAGUGUGGCAUUGCCAGGGUCAGUACUGGAUAAUGCCCAAUCUCUCGAGCUCAGGACAUACUUGGCUGGACAGAUAGCACGUGCCUGCACUGUGUUCUGUGUGGAUGAAAUUGUGGUCUUUGAUGAACAGGGAGGAGAUGCAAAGAGCGUAGAAGGGGAAUUCCGAGGAAUUGGGAAGAAAGGACGAGCCAGUGUGCAGCUUGCGCGGAUCCUGCAGUACCUCGAAUGUCCACAGUACCUGAGGAAAUCCUUCUUUCCAAAACAUCAGGAUCUGCAGUUUGCAGGCCUCCUGAAUCCGCUCGACAGCCCGCACCACAUGCGCAUAGAUGAAGAAUCUGAAUACCGCGAGGGAGUGGUUAUUGAACGGCCAUGUAAGCCCAACAAAGGAUCAUUUGUAAACUGUGGAAUGAGAAAGGAAAUACAGAUUGACAGAAAGCUUCAAGCUGGUUUGCGUGUUACAGUUCAACUACAUAAGAGUGAAAAAUCAGAGAUCAAAGUUUUGAAGGGUACAGUGGUUGCGCCUCACGCUCCUCGGACAGAGUCUGGUCUGUAUUGGGGUUACACAGUGCGACUUGCUUCGUGCCUCAGUGCUGUCUUUACAGAGUGCUCAUUCAAAGAUGGCUAUGAUCUCUCAAUUGGCACAUCUGAGCGAGGGUCAAACGUUGACAAUGUUACACUUCCCUCAUUCAAGCAUUUGUUGGUGGUAUUUGGUGGUCUUCAGGGUCUCGAGGCCAGUGUGGACGCUGACCAAAACCUAAGUCUUACGGACCCUAGCAUCCUCUUUCACCACUAUCUGAACACCUGUCCUGGUCAAGGCAGCCGUACCAUCCGCACUGAGGAAUAUCUCCUUCAGAUAAUGGAAACUUUUGAAUAUUGAUGAUUUUAAUUUCUUCCAUAAAUUUUCAAUUGGAAAAAUCUCCCACCGUCCACAUCUAGGCAACUGAUCUACUCCCAAGACUUGGCCACUGCUGCCCUUAAAUUGGGAGUCAGGAUAACUCUCACUCCAACUUUUUCUAUAGGAAAGAACCUGUUGUCCCCUCCACUCAGGCCAGCACUUCUCCUUGAUCAAAGGAAACAGUGGCAUGGUGGUGAUGUCACUGCACCAGUAAUCCAGAGACCCAGACUAAUGCUUUGGGGACAUGGGCUCAAAUCCCACCACAGCAGCUGGUGGAAUUUAAAUUCUAUAUCUUAAAAUUUGAAAUUAUCAUCAGUUGUUGUAACAACCUGUCUGGUUCACUAAUGUCCUUUAGGGAAGGUAAUCUGGCCUAAAUGUGACUCCUGACCCACAGUAAUGUGAUUGACUCUUAAACUGAAAUGGCCUAGCAAGCUACUCAGUUCAGGGCAGUUAGGAAUUGGCAACUAAUGUUGGCCUUACUAGUGAUGCCCGCAUCCCACAAAAGAAUGCAUCUUUAAAAGAUCAUUAUCUUGGGGGUUGAAUUUUACACCAGUUGGUGUUUUUGUCCUCUUCUAGGAAGCAAUUCUCAUUACCUUAUCCACAUUACGACCAAAGAUUGACGCAGCAGUCAGAGGACCAGCUUCAAACU